CGGCGGAGGAAGAGGAGGCGCAGCACGGGAGCUGCUGUCUGAGUUUCUCCAGGGGAGCAACACGGGCACGCGCGAGCGUGGAAGGGGGACGAGGGGUAAAGUUGAUGAAGAGGAGAAGAAGAAGAUGUGCUUCAGUUGAUAUAACCGCGACUUCCGAUCAGCCCUGUGGCCGCCGCGGUCAUGCCGCCCCCCCGCGGCGCGCUGCUGUGUCUGGGCAUCGUGCUGAUGGUCGCCGCGGGGCUCGUGGCCCUCGGCUUCGGGCUCGCGCACCAGUCCGCCCCGCUGUUCGCCCUCGGCAUGUUCCUGGGCAUGGGGGGCGUGGCCCUGCUGGUCAGCGGCAUCUGCAUGGCGAUGAGGAACCUGCAGGUGGUGGUGCCCGGACACUCCCUCCUGCACCCGCGCACGGGCACGCGCUUCAGCCCGCAGCAGGCCCUGGCUAUACAGAGGAGGUUGGACCGAAUUCGCCGCGAGAUGUCGGAGGACUCCGUCAGCCGGGCCCCGGAGCCCGAGCCCCCCCCCCUCCCGUCCACCCCGCCGCCCUGGACCAUGGAGCCGCCGCCGUCCUACGACACCGUGAUGAAGAGCCAGGAGCACGGCGAGCAGCUCUGACUGCUCGCUCCUCGCAUCAGUGCCUUUCUCUUUCUUUCUUUUGCUUCGGUCUCUCAGCCGGACUCCUUACGACGCCUUGAGGGCCCCGGGCCCCGACAACAAGCCGAGAGACUGCAGCCGGCUAGAGCCUCGGUCCGUGUUCAGGAGAGGAGGCGGAGCGACGCCACUAAACCAGCAUGAUGUCACUUUUACAACCGGGUCAAGGGAAUCGAGUCGACGGCGUUCGGCCCGGGGACGCCCGACAGCCUUAAACGACCAAAUCCAUCUUGAAUGUUUUUGACGUGCAUUAAAGAGUUUUUAAAAAAGUUUUUUUUAGCCCUUCCGCUCACAUGGAGGAGGGCGUGGUUCAUAAACCUGCCACCAGGGGGCGAUCAAGAGAAUCCUCCCUUCGUGCCGAAAAAUGCAUUCGUAGACAAAUAGAGUUUUUUUUGUUGUUCUUCCGAUCACAUGACCGAGGACUGGGAGGCGGGGGGGGGGGAGAGGGGGGGUCAAAGGUCACGCCGGCGCUCUUUUCCAUCUUACAUAUUUGCUCAUUGACUCGCUUGCGAAUAACGUAAAGUGCCUUACUAACCCCGGCUCUGCACCCCGUGUUUCUUUAGCCACGCCCCCCCCACCCCCCCGUGACCAUAAACCUGUUGAUUCACAGCUGGCUGGCUCCGAGAAACUAUGGAUUUCUUCUUCUCUGGGUUUAGAGUGUGUGUUGUGUUUCAGUCGCCGAGGCUCCUUCGACUGCCAGCAGCUUGAGGCAAGGUCAUUUUGGCUCCUGAGAAAAGUCGAGAGGAUGUGGUGUUUGCAGCAAGGUAGUGUCACACACACACACACACACACACACACACACACACACACACACACACACACACACACACACACACACACACACACACACACACACACACACACACACACACACACACACACACACACACACACACACACACACACUUAUUGAUCCCAUGUGGUUCCUCUAACGAGCCUCCAGCUGUGCAGCGUGUCUUUAGGGAAGUCAGAUCCUCACGAAUAAAACGCGCUGAUUUCCUUACAGUACGUGAUGUAAUAGUGUCGCUAUGGCAGCAGAGGGGGGGGGGGGGGGGGGGCAUGAGGAACGAAAGAAUUGGAGAGAGAGGUGGAGGCUGAGUUGGUUCCCGAGAUCGUGGACCAGCCGGAGGAGAAAAAAAUAGUUUUAAAAGUAUUUGUAAAGAAACGACGAGGACGAAUCUUGAGAACCAGAAUUCUAUCUCCUCCUCCUCCUCCUCCUCCUCCUCCUCCUCCUCCUCCUCCUCCUCCUCCUCCUCCUCCUCCCCCCACUUUUGAUUGAAUUUGUUUAGGCAUGCCGAGGCUCUGCUUCCUCCCGAAGCCCUGAUGAGCUACAGCUGUCCCACACUGCACCUGGUCUGAAGGGGGGGGGGGGGGGGGUUGUGGUUUAUUUUAUUUUUUUACAGCAAAUUACUGUGAUGUUUGUAUCAUUGUGUAUUAAUAAAGUUAAAUGUGUGUUGCAUGUGUAUUCCACAAGGUGGCAGUGUUUACUGAAUGAAACGUACUGUGCGUGUGUGCGUGUGUGUUCAGGGCACCGGGAGACACGGCAUUGACCUACAUUAAUUCCAUUAAGGCACAUUUUUAGCCCCAUAAUGAGAUUCCAGGGGUCCUCUGGGGACCCGAGCUGUAUUUAUACUGGCGGCUCGAGCCUCCACAGAUGACGAGCGCAUGCGCGCGCACACACACUAAAAGGCGCGAACAGAACUCAGAGCGACCGUUAACGGCAAAACGCCGAGAAUCCGCCUCCCAAAUGUAAGAUUAAUAAACGAAGGUUAAAAUCAUGUAAACAAGUAACAUCUUUAUUUAAAAGACCUUCGUAAACCUCGAGAGCUUUUCUAAAGGGACCCUGGUGCUCAGACACUACCGCUUUCGUCCACAGGGGGCGCCAGACUACACUGAAUGGACGUUCCUCUCGUACUCAUAUCUUCCCCUUUUAAUCUCUAUUAUUAUAAAUAUAGAUUAUAAUUCAUUACAAGAAAUCAGGUGUUCAAAUAUAUGUAGGCCUACAUUGUUAAUGUGGUAAAUGACUAUUCUAGGUGGAAACGUCUGGUUUCUAAUGAAAUAUCUCCAGAGGUGUAUAGAGGCCCAUUUCCAGCAACUAUCACUCCAGUGUUCUAAUGGUACAUUGUGUUGGCUAAUCGCCUUAGAAGACUAAUGGAUGAUUAGAAAACCCUUGAAAACCCUUGAGCAAUUAUGUUAGCACAGCUGAAAACUGUUUUGCUGAUGAGAGAAGCUAUAAAACUGGCCUUCCUUUGAGCUAGUUGAUUAUCUGGAGCAUCACAUUUGUGGGUUCGAUAAGACUCUCAAAAUGGCCAGGAAAAAAGAAGUUUCAUGUGAAACUCGUCAGUCUAUUCUUGUUCUUAGAAAUGAAGGCUAUUCCAUGCGAGAAAUUGCAAAGAAACUGAAAAUGUUCUCCAGCGGUGUGUACUACUCCCUUCAGAGAACAGCACAAACGGGCUCUAACCAGAGCAGAAAGAGAAGUGGGAGGCCCCGGUGCACAACUCAGCAAGAAGACAAGUACAUUAGAGUCUCUAGUUUGAGAAAUAGACGCCUCACAGGUCCUCAACUGGCAGCUUCUUUAAAUGGUACCCGCAAAACGCCAGUGUCAACGUCGACAGUGAAGAGGCGACUCCGGGAUGCUGGCCUUCUAGGCAGAGUGGCAAAGAAAAAGCCAUAUCUGAGACUGGCCAAUCAAAAGAAAAGAUUGGUAUGGGCAAAAGAACACAGGCAUUGGACAGAGGAAGAUUGGAAAAAGGUGUUCUGGACAGAUGAAUCCAAGUUUGAGGUGUUUGGAUCACACAGAAGAACAUUUGUGAGACGCAGAACAGGUGAAAAGAUGCUGGAAGAGUGCAUGACACCAUCUGUCAAGCAUGGUGGAGGUCAUGUGAUGGUCUGGGGCUGCUUUGGUGCUGGUAAAGUGGGAGAUUUGUACCAGGUAAAAGGGAUUUUAAAUAAGGAAGGCUAUCACUCCAGCGCUUGAUUGGAGCCAAUUUCCUCCUCCAACAGGACAAUGACCCAAAGCACACCUCCACAUUGUGCAAGAACUCUUGAGGGAAGAAGCAGGCAGCUUGCUGUCUGUAAUGGAGUGGCCAGUCACCAGAUCUCAACCCAUUGAGCUGUUGUGGGAGCAGCUUGACCGUAUGGUCCUCAAGAAGUGCCCAUCAAGCCAAUCCAACUUGUGGAGGUGCUUCAGGAAGCGUGGGGUGACAUUUCAACAGAUUACCUCAACAAAUUAACAGCUAGAAUGCCAAAGGUCUGCAAUGCUGGAAUUGCUGCAAAAGGAGCAUUCUUUGACAAAAGCAAAGUUUGAAGAAAAAAAUUAAUACUUCAAAUACAAAUCAUUAUUUCUAACCUU